GAGUCGAUCAUCUCUAAAACAGUGUGGAGACAAUAAUGCGAGACUGCUGAUUGUGAAUCAGGCAGGCUGGGGAGGGGAGAAUAGUCGUGGAGAGGUCCCCUCUAGAUGGUGCUGUGUGUGAAGGCUGCAGGACACCUGAGCUGGUUUGGAAAAAAAAUGACGAUUUCAGUGCAGCCCAGCCUCCGGCUCCCAGUGUGAGUCAGCGCAGUACCUGGGCUCUGAGAGCAGGCAGAGGGAGCCGGGGGGGGAGUGGAAAGAAAAAGGACGGAAGAAACGAAAUGAAAUGAGCUUUUCAUCCGGCAACAGCCUGCGACUGCAAGCCGAAUAAAAAGUGGCGGACCGAAGACCAGAUCCGGACGGAGUGGAGAAUUUAAAUUGGGCUUGUUCGGAUUAUCCCCAGCUCUGCGGAUGGCCGCUGUCGCCUCCUACCAUGGUAGAUGUAGGUGAAAUGAGGAAGACGUUCCUUGUUCCGGAGAUCAAGCCCUUGGACCAGUACGAUUUUUUCAGAGCUAAGAUCGCAGGAAGCCUGUCGUGGCUCCUGGCCAAAUCCUACGGAUCAGAGAAUGUUCCGGAUGAGCUGAGAGAGCCGUUUUACACGGACCAAUAUGACCAGGAGCACAUCAAACCACCUGUCAUUCGCCUGCUGCUUUCCUCGGAUAUCUACUGCCGGGUCUGCGGCCAGACUCUCUCAGACGAUGGGGCUGGCCCACCUCAGGAUAACAUGGCCGUCCUGCAGGCUCUAUCACGAAAAGGACUCCAGGUGAAGGACCAGGAGGUGGUGGUGACUGGGGCCGACCUUGGCAAGAAACCCAUCAAAAUGAGCGCCCACUUGGCUGUAAUUGAUGGCCUGAUGACUGCCUACAUGAUGGAAACACUGCGUGGUAGGAAGGUGGCAGCGGGCGCAGAGGGAAUUGGGAGCCUUGGUCUGUCGAAAGAAGUCGUAACCGGUAUGGAAUACAAUCUGCUGCUCUGGGUUGAUAAGAUAAACCAGAAGUUAAAAGCUGUCUCUGAGAAGCUACACCAGUUGAGACUACAGCCGAGCGUAGACAAUCCAACAAACCAAGGGUGUCCCACCAAGUGGUACUGGAAGCUAGUUCCUCAUGCCAUCGCUUUUUGUUUGAAGGAGUCUGAGAAUAAGCCUCCUAUGAUUCGCUACAGAAAGGACAAGGUGCUGACCAAGCAGACUCCCUGCUUCCCCACGGUAACCCAGCUCAAGGACCUUGCCAAUGGAUGCGCCGUAGCAGCCCUGAUCCAUCACUACUGUCCGGAUGUUCUGCGGUUGCAAGAUGUUUGCCUGAAGGAGACCAUGUCUGUAGCAGAUAGUCUGUACAACUUGCAACUGAUUGUGGAGUUCACCCAGGAGUACCUGGGCAACUGUUGUCACUUGGGUCUGGAGGAUAUGCUGUACACUUCGCCAGUUUUAAAGAUUAAUAUCCUGACGUUUGUAGCUGAGCUGUUCUGGUGGUUUGAAGUUCUGAAGCCAGAGUUUGUUCAGCCAAGAGAGAUUCCAGAUCUGGAAGAUGCUUCCAGAAGUGGAUUGAACACCCCGUCAGGGGCUGACAACUCCAGUCGCCUGCCAGCAUUUCUCCUGAAGCAGCCCUUCCUGCCUGUGAUCCAGCAAACAUCCCCUUCGAGGAGCAGCUCAGGUUCACUGAAUCACUCUACCUCAAUGUCACAAGUUGAUUCUUUUGGGAAGGCGUGGACAAAGAAGCAACUGAAGAGGCCAUUGUCCCAAGCUGUGUCCUUCAGCAUUCCCUUUGGACUGGACAGUGACGUGGACAUUGUCAUGGGUAAUCCUGUUGGAUUGAUGAGAUCAGUGAGCUCUGAUAGCCUGACCUCCAACACGUACCGGUCUCACAACUGUCUUCCGCAGGCUGGCAACAAUUCCUCGGAAGAACCGGUCAGUCACCGAGCGAGGGAGGAUCUCGGGAGCGGGACCGGGCCAACCAUGUCUCCGAGGGCAGCCAGGAAGGGCUUGCUGUUGCCCAAUGAGGUGGCUGAGAGCGAGCACCACUUGCCCGUUGAAAACGGGGUUGCGGGUGAUCAUAGCAACUGCACGGAGCUGCCAACCAUCGAAGAGGCGCUGAAGAUAAUCCACAAUACAGAUAAACUAGAGCCCAGGCUCCGUCCUGAGGGAGCACCAGAUGGCUUCUUCCUCCACAGGCCUGAUUUGGCUGAAGACUUUCUAAAGCCCAAGACCAGCCCAUCCAAAGUUGACCUCUAUCCUUCCUACAAAAGUCAAGAGUCUGGGGUUCUCGCGGCCUCUGAGGACCAGAUGAACAGCGGAGCUGCUCCAUCCGAAGACGGGAACUUCUCUCGGGACGACGACUCCGUUCUGAGGGACAACAGCUUGGAGUCGGACGGCGAGGACUCUUCGAGGCCGGCCCAGGAGGAGAAGGACUAUGCCAGCAAGGACGAGUGCACCUCCUGCUUCAGCUCCCUCAGCUCACAGGCUGAGAGCGUGGGCUCUUCGGGAUCCGGUGUGAAGAUGACCAGCUUCGCUGAGAGGAAGAUGAAGAAGAUGAGCGCGCCCGACUCCAAGUCGAGCAGCUCUCAGAAGACGACGCCAGACAGCUCUGAGCUCAACGACCAGCAGAUGGCAUCCUGGGUUCAGAGGCCUGCUGAUGAGAGCCCCAGCCAAAACCAAGCCCUGGCGUCCGAGAUGACCCAGCUGGGAAUACGAUUGGAGGAGAAACGGCGAGCCAUCGAGGCCCAGAAGAAGCGAAUCGAGGCCAUUUUCGCGAAGCAUCGGCAGAGACUGGGCAAGAGUGCAUUCCUGCAGUUGAAAAGGAAAGAGGAAGGGGGAGAGCCAGAGAAUGGAGCCUCAGCUUGUGAAGACAAGAGGAAGCUAUCCCUGGAGGAAAGGUUAUCCAAAAUCGAGGAUGAAGAGGAAAAUGACAGCCCAACACAGCCUGAAUUCAAGGGCCAGGAUGGCAGGGCUUUGGAAAGAGACCAUGAGGAGGAAAGCUCUGGUGGGAACUUGGGAGGAAGGGACACCAAACUGAGACGACCAGAGUCUCCCAAAGAGCCUGAGGUGGAUGCCGAUAUUGGAGAGUACAACAAUGCCGUGGCCAAACUCAACUCAGCGCUGUCCUCGCUUCAAAUCGACAUGCAGCGCUUGGCCCAGCAACAGGAAAGCCUGAUGGAGAAGAAGAACAUGCAGGCCUGGGUAAUCCCUGUUCCCAAAGCCACUGUCUCCUCCUCCUCACAGAGGCCGUCACGCACAGCCGAGUUCUCGUCUCCAUCGCCCUCGCCCUCACGCAAGCCGGUUUCCUCCGGAACCCGUUCGCCACAGUCCGGCCAGAAGAAGGCCAGCGCCCCCACUCCCAAAAGCCCGAGGCAUUCCCGGCCGGCUGAGCUGAAGAUCACACCUUUGACCCGCGUCCUCACCCCCCCGCAGAACGUGGACUCCUUACCUCACCUCCGAAAGUUUUCGCCGAGCCAGGUCACCGUCCAGACCAAGUCUUCCAUUUGCUUCGGCGAGGACGACGAAGAGCCGGACCUCGACGUGCGGCCCAAGCAGAGGCCGGUCGGGCCCGUGGCGGGCUGCGGAAGUCUGGCAGAUGAGCCUUCGGCGCCGGAGAGAGACGAGCCGCCCUUUGACCUCGAAAACGAAGGUAACCUCCGGCCCGUGGGGCCAGUUGUAGCCCGGAAGCCGGGUGGCCAGCCGGAAGAGUUGCCUGACGCUGGGCGAAAGGACAAUGCCACCGCCGCUAAAAGGACUAGUUUAAUCGAGAUACCGUUGUCUUCCUUGAAAGGCCAUGAGGAGGGUGAGGAUGGAUCAGAGAACGUUGGGGACUCUGUGACUGGCCAGGUGGACCCUGAACAGAGGUCUGUGGGUUUCUUCUACAAGGAUGAGGCGAAGGCAGAGGAAGAGAUGGCUCUGAAGCGAGCUGCGCUGAUGGAGAAGCAGCAGAAACGGACGGAGGAGUUCAGGAAGCGGCGCAUGUGGUUGGAUGCGGAAAAGGAGCAAAAGAAAGAGGAGAUGAGACAACAAGCAGAGGAAGAGAAAGUGGAGAAGAGUUUCAUCAAGCAGGAAUAUCUCCGGCGACAGCAGCUCAAAAUAAUGGACGAUCUGGACAAGGUCCUGAGAGCAAAGACCACACUGAGCAAAGGGAGGAAGCCCCGGCCCAAGUCGUCAGUGUUUCGUGAUGAUUCUGUUCUGACCCGCAGCCCAGUAAAGGGUCUGCUAGGCUCCAGGCUGAACAAAGUGUACUCUCGGUCUACCCUCUCCUUAUCCACCAUGGUCAACGACUCAGCCAAUAGUCUCUCGGUCAAGAAAAGCCCCAGGGCGGACUCCCCUUCAGGGCUGCCAUCUCCCAGCCGGCUGGUGAGCAAUCACAAUGGUGAGAAAGACUGGGAGAACGCUUCAACCGCCUCAUCGCCAGCGUCUAUCCCGGAGUACACGGGUCCCAAGCUGUACAAGGAGCCCAGUGCCAAGUCGAAUAAAUUCAUCAUCCAAAAUGCGAUCACACGCUGCUGCCUGGCAGGAAGGGUGAAUGAGCCCCAGAAGAACAAGAUAUUGGAGGAAGUCGAGAAAAGCAAGUCGAAUCAUUACCUGAUCCUGUUCCGUGACAACAGCUGCCAGUUCCGGGCUGUGUACACCUACAGCCCGGACUCUGAGGACAUGCACCGCGUGGCUGGUGUCGGGCCCAAGGUCAUCACUAAGAACAUGAUCGAGGGAAUCUACAAGUACAACUCUGACCGCAAGCAGUUCACCCAAAUUCCCAGUAAGACCCUCUCGGCCAGCGUCGACGCCGUCACCAUCCAGGGUCACUUGUGGCAGACAAAGAGGCCGGGUACCCCCAAGAAACCAGGACCGUCCAAAUGAUGGGCUCGCUGCCAACAGGCCACCAUCCCUGCCCGCUCCCCCUACCCUCCCCCACACCCCUAUACAGGCAGAUGGCUUCUGGGCCCUGGUUUGCCAAUUGUUUUAUCCUCCUGAGCGCCUGUCUGUCUGUUUGUCUCUUUUUUUUUAUUUUUCAUUUUCUAAUAUUCGCCAAGGGCAAUUGAACCAUGCCAGGGCCUUUUGACAUCUCUGCAUGCUGCCGUCACUCGCCUGGGGCACAUCGCAAGCUAGCGUGGACCGUACCCGUUCUGGGAAGGGGUUACAAACCCAGCACCCUGAUAACCGGCAGAGUCUGCCCCAAUGGCUUUGUCGAGCGAUGGAGUCGAGAGGUUGGGCCGGGGCUGUGUAUCUGAAAUUUGAAGCAAGGACGAGGCAAGGACUUGUGGAUGGGUCAAAAAUUUCUUGUGUUUUUUUUAAAAGAAUGGUAUACAAAUAAAUUAGAUGUACAAAUUUUUGAGGUUAAAUUCCUGAAGGUUACUACUGAUGAUUGAAAUGUUGUGUCUGUAUAUAAUGGAGCUAUUUAAAUGAUUCAGCUGUUUGUAUAGAUGAAAUAUUUAAGGUACUCUCACUUAUUGGAAUCUAUAAUUGGGAGGUGGUAACGAUGUUUGCAAGAUCCUGUGAAUAACUUGCUCCAGUAUUUGAGUGCGAUCUGAGUUCUGAACUAUUCAAAUAAUCACUAAAACCAUUUCUACCUGCCUCUUUGUGGAGAGCAUGGGAAAAAAGUAUCUUCAAUCAAUAGCUUAAGAAGCUCUGCAUCCUCGGAGUAUUGAGUGCGGGCGUGGGCCUUCAAGGAAAGUUGCAACCUAGCUGUGAACCCAAACUCUUCCUCCCCUCCCCUCCCCACACUAACUGCUUGAAUUUUCCCAGGAUCGAUCCAGGAUUUGAUUGGGUCGAAUCCCAUUCAGAUUUGACCUUACACCAUCUGCCAGGGCUUGGGCCUGUCCGAUUGGCUCCGAAGCUCACUCUGUGACACCGCUCCAGAUCGAAACUGCUCUAAAUCCCAGGCAUUCUGGCCUCUGUUUGAUGAAUUUUCCCUCCUAACGCAUCACGUGUUCUAAGUUUGGGGUCUCGAUGGUGAUCCGAUCCAAUGUAAACCUCACCACCUCACUUCCUAGGGGAGCCUCUGAGCCAGCCAGGACUCGACUUUGAACUUUCCCAACUAAAUCUAGCCCAGUUUAUUGAUCUGUAAUAUGCAGGCUCAGGAUCCCAUAAGAACAUUUUGGCCUGUCUUUGUUAUUAUUCAGAAUGUGGGAUCUCUUAAGUGUGCCGCAUAGAGGAGCUCACGUCUACACUGACAACAACAGGAGCAGGGAGCCCUGAUCCAUUGCACCUCUGGUUUCUGAUCAGCUCCAAAUACGUUCGGAACCUGUUGUUGAAAAUGGCUGGGUUCUGUGUUGUUCAUUUGAUAUCUGUUAUUUUGUGUUCCUUUCUGCUGUUCCCCAUUCCAGAUUGAUUCAGGGAUUCCCAGGGAAGUAGCCUGAGCCAUCUAGAACUUUGCAUUGACAGCUGAAUCUCACUCUCACAUGCGGCAACGAGCCUGAAUGGGAUUUCUGUGCACUGUUGGUAUCUCUCAUUGACACCGCACCCCCUGACCCCCACCCACACCCCAUACCCCUCCUGCCUGUGUCUCUCCCUUUCCCCCCAGCAAGCUGAAUUGGAUGCUGUGCCAUUGUGUAGCAUUCCACUGAAGCCCUGCCAAAAGUUGUCAUCUUCAUUUCCGCUGCAUGAGAAAGGGAGAUGCCUAACAGCUUUUACAAUUUCGAGCUUGUGAUCUCCUUGAGUUAAGUGACUCAAUUCCUAGUCUGCAUUCUCUGCAGUGAGAAGGUCGGACAAAGGCUUGGUUCCCUGUUGCUUGGGUCCACCUUGCCUGUCUAUUCAGAAUGCGAUUGAGUCUGUUAAAAGAACAGCAUUGGUUCACUAAGUGGCCUGGUGUUAUCCAUCAGGGCUGUGGGCAGGGAGAGACUGAAUUCUGUUUGGUGAAUGCAAGGCUGUGCUGAUUUGUAGCUUGUACACAUGUUAAAUGUAUGUGCAUAUGUGUGUAUAUAUAUAUUAAAAAAGACACUCGAGGAAUGACAAAUCCUGGAAGCAAUUAUGCACGUUGCUUAAUUUUAGCAUUUAUGUUGUGGCACUUAGACUGUGAACUGGGUUGUGUGGGUAUCCAAAAUAAGGACAAAAAUUAGGAUUCAGCUCUGGACUGUUUCUGUUGGAUUUUGCUGAUUUUUUUUUUGUUUUUUGUUUUUUGUUUUGGUUCUGCUUGGAUCAGAUAAAUGGAAUUUUUAUUCUUUCUUUUUUGGUCCCUCGUGUACUGUUUCCGCACUCGGCUGGUAAACAGGUCACGGCAUGGUCAGGCUGUUGGAGUUACUUGGAAGUGCCCUCCACUUGGCCUUUCCCUGUGCCAGUCUGCGUCAAUCCCCUUUCAAAGAAGCUGUUGUCGCUGCUAUACCGUGGUGACAGGUCGGAGUAAUCGGUGCAGAGUGAUUUGUCUGCUGGAGGGUGUUGGAGCUGAGCUGACUCACCCUAAACUCCUCCACCCACAAAGGGACUACGGAGCAACUUGAAUGCUGACAGACAAGGGUCUUGAGGGAUGGUGGGACCAGCCGUUUGGGAAUGCACCCACUUUUCCCCACUGCCAUGUCCACCUUUACAUUCUGUGCAGUUGGAUGUUCAGCAGAUGUAACUGUAAACAUGUCUCUUCCCCAACCCACCUCCCUGAAAGAGAGGGCAAUGAGAAUAAAUAUUAAUCUUCCACAUUGCAACAAAAGGACAUUCGCUAAUAUGUAUAUAUUGGACCCACCCUGGUGAAACUGGCUCUUUUAUCCCCCAAACGUCUGAUUUGAUGGAACCGCUUGUGUUUUUUUUGUUCUUGAAAGUGGAUAUCACUUCGCAGUCGUCCUGUGGGACCAGGUUUCCUGGAUUUUGCUGGAAAGCUUUCACUUGAUCUACGGACUGUUCUAGAAACACACGCAGUGGGAAAAGACACCCUGCCUUUCCCAAAAUGGGACCCAUCAACCACUGCAGUGAUGUUGCUAAACCCUUCUGGGGCUUGUUGAUGACCAGUAAGUUGACCAUAAGUAAGCCUGGUCUCUCAUUAUUUUGUUUUUAACCCAAUAUGUAACAUGGUACAGGGUACAAUGCUCGAGAUGUGACCUUUGGGUACAAAAUGGACUCAUGUUUGUGUCUACAGAUGUGGAAUGUGGACUCUGUAAUAUUAGAAGGCGUAUCAUGAAAAAAUUACCUUGGAAGUUUAAUAAAAACAAUUUACCAAUUUAUAAGAAGUA